UCAGUUGUCUUAAGUUUCUAGUGUCUGUUACUUGUUUAUUUAGUGUUUAAAUUAAAGUUACUGAAGACCAAUCAAUUAAACUUGAUUAAAAUUCUGCAUAACUUUUUGCAAUUCAUUUCUAUUAGAAAAAAAUGAGUGCUUUGGUAUUGAUUGCCUUUGCUUUAUGGGCCUUGUUUAUGCGUUUUUUGCCCGAAAUCGUACAAUUUUUGAAAAUUCGCCAAUUUUCUACUACCUUACCGGGACCCACCAUUGGUGAAUUAAUCGAAGUUUCGAAAAAAGGAGGAAUUUUAAAUUGGCUUCAAGAGCAACGUAAAAAGCAUGGUUCAACUUUUCGCAUUUGGUUUGGUAAGGAUUUAAUGGUAUUCUUCACAAAUCCAGAAGACAUUAAGCACAUACUCAGCAAUAAUACUUUACUAACAAAAUCUCGUAAUUAUGAAAUUGUUGAAUCAUGGUUGGGAAAAGGAUUACUCACAAAUAGUGGUGAAUCUUGGCACAGACGCAGGAAACUACUCACACCUGGUUUUCAUUUCAAAAUAUUAAGUGAAUUUAAGGAACCCAUGGAAGAGAAUUGUAAAAUCUUAGUUAGUCAAUUACUUGCAAAAGCUGAUGGUCAACCGUUCGAUAUUUACCCUUACAUAACACUCUUCGCAUUGGAUGCGAUAUGCGAAACAGCAAUGGGCAUUAAGAAGAAUGCGCAGUUGCAAGCCAAUUCUGAAUAUGUGCAAGCAGUGCAGGAUAUUUGCCGUAUUUUGCAUAAGCAAUCAUUCUCAUUUUGGCAACGAUUUAAUAUACUUUUCAAGUUUAGUGGGGCCGGAAAGGCACGUGAUGCAGCAUUGAAAGUAUUGCAUGAUGAAACGAAUCGGGUGAUCAAACUUAGACGCGAAAUGCUAAAGAAUUCUCAAAUCAGCACCUUUAGUGAUGUAGAUAAAACCGAUGAUAUAGGUAGUAAGCGGCGCCUUGCUUUCUUAGACAUGUUGCUCAUAUCACAAAUUGAAGGUGGUGAUCUAACAGAUCGUGAAAUUCGUGAAGAAGUCGAUACAUUUAUGUUUGAAGGACACGAUACUACCAGCUCUGCAAUCGCAUUUGCAAUUUAUUUACUAUCUCAGCAUGCAGAUGUGCAACAAAAGGCAUAUGAGGAAGCAGUGGAAUUAGAAGGGCGUGAAAAGGAGUCUAUGCACUAUUUAGAAGCAGUUAUAAAAGAAACUUUACGAAUUUAUCCAUCUGUGCCGUUCUUCUCUCGCAAGAUUACAGAAGAUACACAAAUUGGUAAUAUUACUGUACCAAAAGGAGCUUCUAUAAGUUCGCUCGUAUACUUGGUACAUCGUGAUGAAAGUAAUUUUAAAGAUCCAGAAAAAUUUGAUCCGGAACGCUUCUUAACUGCUGAGAAGGAUCUACAUCCAUAUGCAUUUGUUGCUUUUAGUGCGGGACCAAGAAACUGUAUUGGUCAAAAAUUUGCUAUGUUGGAGUUGAAAUGUUCGCUGUCUUAUUUGUUGCGGAACUUUGAGUUUUUGCCUGUCGAGAAUUUCAAGCCAAAUCCUCUGGCUGAACUAGUCAUGAAGAGCGGAAAUGGAAUACAAAUACGUAUGAAGCCACGUUAAACAAUAUUACGUUUAUAAUAUCUGAAUUAAAUGAAUGGAAUUGUAUUUUAUGAAGUUUUCAUUUCAUUUUAUGAAUUUCUGUUAAGUAAGAGUGUGUGUUUAACUAUGUGAGUUUUGUUGAUUUUCUUAUCUCGUUUUUUAAUAAAA